AAAAGCAAUCUCGUUGGCUUUCUGUCUGUCUCUCUCGAGCGUUUGGGUCUCCGUGUCCGCAGCGGCGCGCCGUACAUCAGCAUCACCGAAUGAACGGAAUCGGCGGAUGUCUGCGGCGCUGCUCGGUAAUCAACCGCACCGUGGCUCCGUCGUCGGCUCGAGCUCGUUUAUUGUAUUGAGGCGCAGGCUGAGUCUGCGGCAUGUCCACUCCGGAGCCCGUGUUAGGAGGCACGCCCUGUCCGGGGCCUUCUCCUGGUCCGGGCCCGUCUCCCGGAGCCGUGCUGGGGUCCGGACUGUCCCCUGGAUCCUCACACAGCAUGAUGGGCCCCAGUCCCGGACCAGCCACUUCCACAGGACUCUCCUUUCCUCCGCAAGCGUCUGCGGGAUACAGCCAGGAGAGCUUGCACCAGAUGCACAAGCCGGUGGAGGAGAACCUUUCAGAAGACGCUCGCUUCAGUCAGAUGAAGGUGGUUCCGAUGAGGGCCGGUCACAGCGGGAUGACCCGUCCAGGGAGCCCGAUGGACCAGCACUCGCAAGGGUACCCGUCUCCGCUGGGCUCUUCAGAGCACGUGUCCAGUCCCGUGUCCGCCAGCGGUCCUCCGUCCGGCCCUCUCCUGUCCACCUCUGGCUCCAGCUCUGCCUCGCUGGACGGUGUGGACGGCCAGACCCUCCCGCAGCAGAACCGUCCGGGGAGCCAAAGCGUGGCCCCGGGCUCCAGCAGCAGCUCCUCCGCUCCGACGCCCUUCAACCAGAGCCAGCUGCACCAGCUGCGGGCGCAGAUCAUGGCCUAUAAGAUGCUGGCUCGUGGCCAGCCGCUCCCAGAACAUCUGCAGAUGGCGGUGCAGGGCAAGCGGCCCAUGCCGGGGAUGCCCCAGGGCCCGUCCCUGACCAGCCUGCCGCCCGGCGGUGGGAGCACCGGCUUCAGCCGAGGACAUGGGAUGGUGGGACCCAACAUGCCUCCUCCUGGACCUUCUGGAGUCCCGGCUGGUGUUCAGGGCCAGAACCACAACGGGCCCCCGAAACCGUGGCCUGAAGGUCCUCUGGUCAAUGCGGCGACCCCGUCCAACGCUCCUCAGAAGCUGAUGCCGCCGCAGCCCACCGGACGUCCCUCUCCCGCGCCGCCGUCUGUGCCACCGGCCGCGUCUCCGGUCAUGCCGCCGCAGACCCAGUCUCCAGGACACCUGGCCCACCCGUCUCAGCCCACCACCAUGGUGCCGCUGCACCAGAAGCAGAACCGCAUCACGCCGGUUCAGAAGCCCUGCGGUCUGGACCCGGUGGAGAUCCUGCAGGAGAGAGAGUACAGGCUGGAAGCUCGUAUCGCUCACCGCAUUCAGGAGCUGGAGAAUCUUCCCGGGUCUCUGGCCGGAGAUCUGCGCACCAAAGCCACGAUUGAGCUCAAAGCGCUCCGACUGCUCAACUUCCAGAGACAGCUGCGUCAGGAGGUGGUGGUUUGCAUGAGACGUGACACGGCCUUAGAAACCUCACUGGACGCAAAGGCCUACAAGCGCAACAAGAGACAGUCCUUACGUGAGGCACGAAUCACAGAGAAACUAGAGAAACAGCAGAAGAUCGAACAGGAACGCAAACGCAGACAGAAACACCAGGAAUAUCUCAACAGCAUCCUGCAGCACGCCAAAGACUUCAAGGAGUACCAUCGGUCCAUCACUGCAAAGAUCCAGAAACUGACCAAAGCUGUGGCCACAUACCACGCCAACACUGAGCGCGAGCAGAAGAAAGAGAACGAGCGCAUCGAGAAGGAGCGAAUGAGACGCCUGAUGGCUGAGGAUGAGGAGGGCUACCGGAAGCUCAUUGAUCAGAAGAAGGACAAGCGUCUGGCGUAUCUGCUGCAGCAGACGGAUGAGUACGUGGCUAAUCUGACGGAGCUGGUCCGCGCUCAUAAAGCUGUGCAGGCCCUGAAGGAGAAGAAGAAGAAGAAGAGGAAGAAGAAGAAGCUGGAGAACGCGGAGGGCCAGACAGGGGCUCUGGGGCCCGAUGGAGAGCCCCUGGAUGAGACGAGCCAGAUGAGUGAUCUUCCAGUGAAGGUGAUCCACGUGGACAGUGGGAAGAUUCUGACCGGAGUGGACGCUCCUAAAGCCGGACAGCUGGACACGUGGCUGGAGAUGAACCCUGGUUACGAGGUCGCUCCGCGGUCAGACAGCGAGGAUUCUGGGUCGGAGGAGGACGAGGAAGAGGAAGAGGAGCCUCCUCAGCUGCUGCCUUCACAAACUCCCACAGAAGACAAGAAGAAGAUUCCCGACCCGGACAGUGAGGACGUGUCAGAAGUGGACGCCCGUCACAUUAUAGAGCAUGCCAAACAGGACGUGGACGAUGAGUACGGUAGCGCUGUGUUUGCUCGUGGGUUACAGUCGUAUUACGCCGUGGCUCAUGCGGUCACUGAGAGGGUGGAUAAACAGUCGUCUUUGCUAAUCAAUGGUCAACUCAAGCAAUACCAGAUCAAGGGUCUGGAGUGGCUGGUGUCUCUCUAUAACAACAAUCUGAACGGGAUCCUGGCGGAUGAGAUGGGUUUGGGCAAAACCAUCCAAACCAUCGCGCUCAUCACGUACCUGAUGGAGUACAAGCGUCUGAACGGACCCUACCUCAUCAUCGUGCCGCUCUCGACUCUGUCUAACUGGGUCUACGAGUUUGAUAAAUGGGCGCCGUCUGUCGUCAAAGUCUCGUAUAAGGGGUCUCCUGCUGCUAGAAGAGCCUUCGUCCCUCAGCUGCGCAGCGGCAAGUUCAACGUGCUGAUCACCACGUACGAAUACAUCAUCAAAGACAAGCAUGUGCUGGCCAAGAUUCGCUGGAAGUACAUGAUCGUGGACGAAGGCCAUCGCAUGAAGAACCAUCACUGUAAGCUGACGCAGGUGUUGAACACACAUUACCUGGCGCCGCGGCGCGUGCUGCUGACCGGGACGCCGCUGCAGAACAAGCUGCCCGAGCUCUGGGCGCUGCUCAACUUCCUGCUGCCCACCAUCUUCAAGAGCUGCAGCACGUUUGAGCAGUGGUUCAACGCACCCUUCGCCAUGACCGGAGAGAAGGUGGAUCUGAAUGAGGAGGAGACCAUCCUGAUCAUCCGCCGCCUGCACAAGGUGCUCCGCCCCUUCCUGUUGCGCAGGCUGAAGAAGGAAGUGGAGGCGCAGCUGCCUGAGAAGGUGGAGUACGUGAUCAAGUGUGACAUGUCUGCGCUUCAGAGGGUCCUGUACCGACACAUGCAGGCCAAAGGAGUGCUGCUGACCGACGGCUCCGAGAAGGACAAGAAGGGUAAAGGCGGCACUAAGACUCUGAUGAACACCAUCAUGCAGCUGAGGAAGAUCUGCAAUCACCCCUACAUGUUCCAGCAGAUCGAGGAGUCGUUUUCUGAGCAUCUGGGUUUCACGGGAGGGAUCGUUCAGGGGCCUGAUUUAUACCGCGCCUCGGGAAAGUUUGAGGUGCUGGAUCGUAUUUUGCCCAAAUUGCGAGCGUCCAAUCACAAAGUGCUGCUCUUCUGCCAAAUGACGUCUUUGAUGACCAUAAUGGAGGAUUAUUUCGCUUACCGCAACUUUAAAUACCUGCGUCUGGACGGCACGACUAAAGCAGAGGAUCGUGGGAUGCUGCUGAAGACCUUCAAUGAUCCGGCCUCUCAGUACUUCAUAUUCCUGCUGAGCACCAGAGCGGGUGGACUGGGCCUCAAUCUGCAGAGCGCCGACACCGUCAUCAUAUUUGACAGCGACUGGAACCCUCAUCAGGACCUCCAGGCGCAGGAUCGAGCUCACCGCAUCGGUCAGCAGAACGAGGUGCGGGUUCUGCGGCUGUGUACCGUCAACAGCGUCGAGGAGAAGAUCCUGGCAGCCGCUAAAUACAAGCUGAAUGUGGACCAGAAGGUGAUCCAGGCCGGCAUGUUCGACCAGAAGUCGUCGAGUCAUGAGCGCCGAGCGUUUCUGCAGGCCAUUCUGGAGCACGAGGAGCAGGACGAGGCACAGUGUCAUGGAGAGUUCACAAAGAAUCCUUUGUUGAAAGAUGAAGCAGAACUAGAUCUGACUGCAGCUGCAUCACAAACCGAAGAGGACGAGGUGCCGGAUGAUGAGACCGUAAAUCAGAUGAUCGCCAGAAGUGAAGACGAGUUUGACCAGUUCAUGCGCAUGGAUUUGGAUCGCCGCCGCGAGGAAGCUCGCAAUCCGAAGCGAAAGCCUCGUCUCAUGGAGGAGGACGAACUGCCCACGUGGAUCAUGAAAGACGACGCCGAGGUGGAAAGACUCACCUGUGAGGAAGAAGAGGAGAAGAUGUUCGGCCGCGGCUCUCGUCAGAGGAAGGAGGUGGAUUACAGCGACUCGCUCACAGAGAAACAGUGGCUAAAGGCGAUUGAGGACGGGACCCUGGAGGAGAUCGAGGAGGAGGUGCGACACAAGAAAACGGCUCGGAAGAGGAGGCGCGAUCGGGAUCCGGACGCCAUCCCGUCCACUUCGGGCGCUCGCGGGGGACGAGAGAGAGACGACGACGGCAAAAGACAGAAGAAGCGAGGUCGCCCGCCGUCCGAGAAGCUUUCACCAAACCCUCCGUCGCUCACCAAGAAGAUGAAGAAGAUUGUGGACGCUGUUAUUAAAUAUAAGGAGAAUAACGGCCGUCAGCUGAGCGAGGUGUUCAUCCAGCUGCCGUCACGCAAGGAGCUGCCCGAGUACUACGAGCUGAUCCGCAAACCUGUGGACUUCAGGAAGAUCAAGGAGCGCAUCCGGAGCCAUCGAUACCGCAGCCUCAACGAUCUGGAGCGAGACGUGAUGCUGCUGUGCCAGAACGCUCAGACCUUCAACCUGGAGGGAUCACUGAUCUAUGAGGACUCUAUCGUGCUGCAGUCAGUGUUCACCAGCCUGCGUCAGAAGAUCGAGAGAGAGGAGGAGAGUGAUGGAGAGGAGAGUGAGGAAGAUGAAGAGGACGAAGGCUCUGAUUCAGAGACUCGAUCCGUGAAGGUGAAGAUUAAACUGAGCCGUAAGGACAGAAGCGCAGAGCGCGGCAGAGGACGCAGGAGAACUGCGAGAACGCGAGCGAAACCUGUCGUUAGCGACGAUGACACAGAUGAGGAGCAGGAGGAGGAUCGAUCCAACAGCGCCAGUGAGGAAGAGCAGGGAUGAAGAUCCACAGCAAACCACUAAAGAUACAAACACACACAAUACAGUAGAAGAACACGAUCAUCCCUUCAUCAGCAGCCAGAAUAAUCGUGUGUUUCAUCAUUCGCUCGUGAAGGAAGACGGAGUCUCCGCCUGCACUUCAGACCUGGACGAGAUGCUGUUUAGACCUCGUAACCUUUCUGUGACACUGAAUAUUAGACGUUGCUGUUUUAGGAGGUGACUAUCUGUCAAAUGAUCUAGUAUAACCCCAGUAACCUGUCAGGUGAUUGCACUCAUGUGUCAUUAGCAGAACAUUAGCAUGUACAGUAGAUGUAAUAGCUUAGAAGCUGCCUGUUAUUAUAUGCUUAUAUGAUUGUUGUUUUGCUGUACAAGCGGUGUGUGUGUGUGUGUGUGUGUGUGUGUGUGUGUGUGCGCGCUACAAGACAAGCUUUAAGGCCGUUCACAAACUAACCUGACGUUCAUGCUUACAUGAACUUGCGUAGUUUAACGUUUUGUUUGAGCGUUUCUGUUUACUGAUGUUAAAGCAGGGUUUCUCUGCUCUGGCCCUGCAGAAUUCAGCUUCGACCCUCAUCAAACACAACUAAACAAACUAAUACAGGUCUUCAGGAUUACUAGAAAGUUACAGUCAGGUGAGUUUGAUCAAAGUUGGACCUGAACUCUGCAGAACGGUGGAUCUGGAGCCGUCAGCUGCUGCUCUUCAUAUCUAUAACGGCUGAUCUGCUCUGUUACUGUAUCAAUCAUAUUAUUCCUGAAGUUUCUAGCGGCUCUUUAAUGGCAUGUGCUCUUACUGUACUGAAAGUAUGUUUGUGUGUGUAGAUUUUCGUUCACUAGAUGGAACCCAAUAAACAUCACAACCUCA